AUUUCAUUCAAACACGUAAAAUAGCCCUAAGACGGAUAGAUAUACUAUGGCUGGAACAACGAAGAACUAUGGAGAUGGAGCUGCAUGGAAGAGGGGUUCCAUGAUCGGAAAAGGUGGUUUUGGUUCGGUUUAUCUAGCUACGCUAAAGAACAAUAAGAACAAGAAUAAAUUAGGUUUUCCAUCGGUGAUGGCUGUGAAAUCGUCGGAGGUUUCAGUUUCGAGUACGCUUCAAAAGGAGAGGGAGAUCAUGGCAGAUUUGAAGGGUUCUCCUUAUUUAGUCGAAUUGUUCGGCGACGAGACGACAGCGAGUAAAGACGGUAGUUUCUUGGCGUACAAUCUCUUGUUGGAGUAUUGUUCGGGCGGAACCCUGGCGGAAAGAAUAAGGAAAUUCCGCGGGGCCGACAAGGGUUUGCCUGAAUCCGAGGUUAGGGUUUAUACAAGAUGCAUACUCGCAGGUUUGGCUCGCAUGCAUGAAGCUGGAUACGUGCACUGCGAUAUCAAGCCUGAUAAUAUCUUGCUUGUGCCGGAAGCUAAUGAUUCGUUCGGCGCGAAGAUAUGCGAUUUCGGAUUGGCGAAGAGGGAGAUAAGAAAUUUCAAGAAGAGGAGAAUAAUGAGAGAGUUUUGGCAGGGUACCCCUAUGUACUUAUCGCCCGAGGCUGUGAAUGAUAAUAUACAGGAAGCGCCUUCCGAUAUUUGGGCGCUUGGUUGUACUGUGCUGAAGAUGCUGACGGGGAAGCCGGUUUGGGAAGGGAAUACUUCUCAGGAAAUAAUGAAGAAGAUAGCGGCAGAAGGGGAAUAUCCUAAUAUUCCGGAUUAUAUAUCGGAUGAUGCAAUGGAUUUCGUCAGGCAUUGUUUGAUUAGGAAUUACUCGUAUAGACCGACUGCUCAAAUGUUAUUCGAUCAUCCGUUUCUUGAUGAUCUGGACGAAGAUGAAGACGAAGAUGAAGACAGCGACUUUGAAGAUUCGAGCGAGACCGUUGACAAACCGUGGGCUACUUUUGAGGGCGAUUCGUUUGGUAAUUCUUGUUGGUUUGACAAAGCUGUUGAUUAUUAAUUAUUCUCAAUUUGAAAAAUCAGUUGAAUCUUGUUCAACUUUGUAUUCAGACUUCAGUUAUGUAAUAUAAUUAAUUACUAUG